CAUGGGCCAAGGUGGAUCUGAAUAUGCAUGAGGGUGUUGAGGUGUACCUGGGUGACUCGGCUCAGAUCCCCUGCCGGUACAACUUCACUGAUGCCGACAACAAGCCCAGCUUUUUCAUGAUCCAGUGGUUUGUGAGAGCUUUCCGGCAGCCAGCCAGCCCACGCACACGGAUCUUCUACGGUGAUGACAAGCAGCAGAUGGUGGACAACAACACGGACUACAGCGGUCGCAUCCAGGUGACUUCAGACCAGCAGGGAACUCAGCUCACCAUCCAAGAUGUCCAGCUCAGCGAUGAGAGGGAAUUCUUCUGCCAGGUUAACGGGCUGGUUGCCGGGAGCGCUGAGGGCAAGACCCACCUCCGAGUGUUUGCUCCUCCAGAGGCUCCAGUGAUCGAGGGUGUAACUACAGGAAUAUCUGUGACCAAUAAGGUGCCUUCUAAGGUGGCAUCAUGUGAGGCUCGCAAUGGCUACCCUAAACCCAACAUCACCUGGUACAGGAACAGCAUGCCUCUGAUGAAUACCCCAGGAUAUGUAAACGUUUUGAUCCUGGUGACCCGGAAGUCCAAUGUCUCCGGGGUCUCUGUCCAGAGCACACUGAACUACAAGGUGGUUAAGGAGGACAAGGAUGCCCAUUUCUCCUGUGAGGUCAGCUUCUUUGUCCCGGGAGCCAUCAGGACAGUAGAGUCCAACAGCAUCAACAUCACUGUUCACUACCCCACCACCAUGGUGGAGCUGUGGAAGGAGUCGCCCCAGGGCUUGGUUAAAGAGGGGGAUACUGUGGAGCUGCGUUGCCAGGGUGAUGGCAACCCCCCGCCAGUCUUCAUUUUCAACCGAGAACAAGAGCUGGAUGUGGACUUGGAGAGCAACCACGGCAAUGUGUUGAUGCUGUCCCCAGUAACACGGAAAGACAGCGGCAUCUACCAGUGUCGUCCUCUGGACUCUGAGGUCAAAGGAGAAAUGCAGCUCACUGUGAACUACUUGGACCCAGCUGUGGUGGUCCCUAAAGACUCUGAGGUCAUGCUGAAAGGAGAAGAUCUGACUGCGACCUGCAACGCUCUGUCCUCCCUGAAAACAUCCACUGUCUGGUACAAGGAUGGGAAGCAGGUGGGUAAGGGGAACACAUUGCAUCUGAGGGACGCCACCUAUGAAACAACAGGAGAGUACAUUUGUGAGGUGACCGUUCCCUCCCUGCCGACCCUGCACACCAGCGGCUCCGUCCACAUCAUUGUCCAAGGUGGUCCCCAGCUGGUGGGAGUAGAGCAGGAGGUGCAGCUGGAGGAGGCAACAGGCAGGAUGGUGAACCUGAGCUGUGAGGUUCAGGGCCAUCCGCUGCCCAGCCUCUCCUGGACCAUCAUCGGCAGCCAGAACUGGCACGAGGUGGUGAACAAGGCAAACGAGCACAUUAUCCACAGCGUGGUGUCGGUCAAAGUCACCUCGGACACCAGCGCUCUGUGCAACGCUUCCAAUGACCUGGGCACUGAGGUCAAGGCUUUCAGCAUCAGAGCCAUUCCCAGAGUGACUUCAGCUGCUCCCUUCUCUCCUGCUGAGGGCAGCGGGGUGAUCAUCGUGGUGAUCAUACUGUGUCUGCUGCUGCUCGCCGUCCUCGGCAGCGUUCUCUACUUCCUGCAUAAGAAGGGGAAGAUCCCCUGUGGACGCUCUGGGAAACAGGAGAUCAGCACCAAAGAGAAGACCACCAAAGAUGACAUCGUCGUGGAGAUGAAGACCAACACAAAGAAUGAGGAAGCUGUCCUCCUGAAGGCUGUCAACGGGGACAAGAAGGGCCCUAGUGACCAGUGAAGUCCCUGACGCUUCAGCAACGAGGAGGACACAUGAAGCCAGCAGUCAGUCAGUCAGUGUGAUCUGAGACCUGCAGGGUAACCCCCACCUCACAGUCCCGACAUUCCCCCAUCAUGCUUUGUUCUCAGCAGUAUUUAGUAGAUUUACACAGGAACACAUCGCCACAUACUUCCAUUACACACACACACACACACACACACACACACACACACACACACACACACACACACACACACACACACACACACACACACACACACACACACACACACAAACAGGUAUGUAAAUACUCAUGUGUAUUUUCCUUUGAAUGAAUGUUUGCCUCCCUGACAUUCAGUUCCUCCAUUUGUUUUGUACCAUUCCCUUAAACUGGUCCGCGUGUGUACGAUGGUGUCUUGUGUUGCAUCAUCAACUUUUUUUUAAUUUUUUUUUUUAUGAAAGUGUAUAUAUUAUAUAUAUUUUGUUAUUUAAGAUAUUUUGGCACUCCGAUUUUCAACUGGCGCUAGCGUCUGGGUCAUGUGCAUGUUGAUCCGUGUUCAUGGAGUCCAGGCGAGUUUUGGGACAUGACGUCAGAGACCAAGCGCUUCACUGUUCCGUCACAGAGAGAAGGCUCGUCCGUGUGACACUUUGAUUUGUUUUGAUUGACACCAAUAUCUGUAAUUUAACCAAAAACUGACGACUAUUGAGGCGUGUCCCUGAGACGGGACGUCUUGUUCACAACACGAUGUGUAAAACCUGUCCGUCAGACACACUGGCAGCCGUGUUCUGCAAACUGCUGUCAAGCCCCUGUUCUGUUUGUAAAUACGUGGUAGUGUACAGAUCUGCUAGUGGUGGCCUUGGACUGUUACUGGUGUUACUGGAGGCCGAAGGGUCAAAGGUUAGUGAUGUGCUGUGCCUGUUUUUGAGAAUGCAUCAUACACUGAAUUAGUUUUUUCUUUGGUUUGCUCUGUGUGUUUUCUUUGUUUCCGCUGAGAGCUCGUUGGGCCUGAAGAAGGGUUCCAGUGUUGGUGCAUGUUUGACACGUUCACCGCAGACCGCUCUUCCCUUCUAGGCAGCCAGACGUUUCAGUUUGUUUCUGCACAGUUUGAGAAUCAACUGGCAGACACUUAAAUCUAGUUUCAUGUAGAUACUCUAUCACAGUAGGGCUGCACCAUAUGAGGAAAAUAUCUAAUUGCAUUUUUUCCUGACUGAUAUUUUGCUAUAAUUCACGAUAUAAGAGGGAAUGAUGAUUAUUCUCUUUUUUUUUUUUCGAGAAUCUGUACCAAACGAAGACUUUUUUUCUUGAGUCUGUAAGAUACGAUUCGGAGGCCGGGACGUCUCUGCAGCACCACAAUAUUUUAUUUUAGAAUUUUACGUAUUUUGUCUUUAACAAAUUACAUUAGUCCAUGUUGCGAUUUCAUAAAAAUUGCGAUUAAUCGUGCAGCCCUACAUCACAGGGAACAGUCUCCUGUUCAAAGUUACGAUCUUUCCCCAUCCAUGGUAGUCUGCUCUGCGUUACAUAACUUUCAAGAUGUUUUUUGUUGUUUUUGUUUUAAAUUCCUAAAGGGAAUGUAAAAUCGUGUCAGUGAAAGGGAGAAUUACAUCUAAUGUCCAUAAUGUCUAUCUGCAGCUCUUCCCAGUUUGUCGUGUAUUACUACGACAUUCAAGUCCCAGAGCUCAACGUUGAGGGGAAGAGCUUACAGGGGAAAAAAUAAAUUCCUGACAAUCUUUGAAGGUGUUUCCAGAAAGUCUCUUCUAACAUCUCUAUCAAACCAUAUUCUAAGAUGCAACUGUGCUUCCUAAAACUGCCGGUGGAUAUCACAUUGCUUUUUUAUUGUGCAUGAAAAGACUGAUUAAUCCAAAACUGUCCCCAUUAACUUCCACAAAGAGGCCGCUACUCUUUCUGCUGUCCACACAAAAGCAACCAUUUAAAAUCAAAUAAAAAAA